CCGAAAAGAGGCGGCGCGCGGAAGGGGAGUAUAUCCCACAAUGCUUUGCGGGAAGGGGGGAUGCUUCCCUUCAUGCUUUGCUGUGGCGCGAAAAUCCGGUUGCUCAGGAGGGCGGGGCUUGGUUGCUAAGGGCGGGAGAAGGGGCGGUAGCGAUUGGGCGAGCAGGUGCCAGGGGUGGAGCUUAGUCCAGGAGAAAAUACACGAUUGGUUGAGGGGUUGCUAGGGGCGGGGUUUGAUGUCUGACAACGGAAGCGAUUUGGCGGCGGUUGCUAUGGGUGGGGUUUGAUUGCUGAGGGCAGCUGCCAUUGGUAAGCGGUUGCCAUGGGCGGGACUUGGUUGCUAAGAGCUGUCAAACGGUCAGCAGCGAUUGGCUGACGGUUGCUAAGGGCGGUACUUGGUUGCUACAGACGGGUGCGGCCGCAGCAACGAUUGGCUGGCGGUUACUAAAGGCGGGACUCCGUUGUUAAGCACGGAAAAAUCCAGCGCACCGAUUGGCCGGCGCUUGGCGGGCCGUACCACGAUUGGCUGAUUCCUCCCCGCGGGGGGCGUGGUUUCUUUGCCGCCCGGGCGCGGCCGUGGCGGUGGCGGCCGGGCCGGGCCCGGCGGGCGGAGGCGGCGGUGGUGCCGAGCCGGGCCCGGGGCUCGGAGCCCGCAACUCCAUCAUGGAGUUCCCUUUCGACCUGGCCCCGGUGCUGGGCGAUCGUUUCUGCGUGGUGGAUCAGCACCUGCGGCCCGCGGGGCGCCCCGGCGGCACCGUCAAACGGGAGGAGCUGGAGCAGCAGCUGAGGACGGUGAUCGAUGAACUGGGCAAGGCCUCGGCCAAGGCCCAGGGCCUCUCCACCCCCGUGACGAGCGCGGCGCGAAUGGAGAGCAACAGGCACGUGCUGUACAUCCUCAGGGACACCCGGUGCCCCCGGGGUGCAGUGCUGGGGUUCCUCAAGGUGGGAUACAAGAAACUCUUCCUGCUGGAGCGGGAUGGGUCCCACGUGGAGGUGGAGCCUCUCUGUGUUUUGGAUUUUUACAUCCACGAGUCCCAACAGCGCCGGGGGCUGGGCCGGGAGCUCUUCCGGGAGAUGCUGCAGCGGGAGCGGGUGCAGCCCCACAAGUUGGCCGUGGACAGACCCUCGGAGAAGCUCCUGGGCUUCCUCAGGAAACAUUUCGGGCUCUGCGACCUCAUCCCACAGGUGAACAAUUUUGUCAUUUUUGAGGGAUUUUUCUCCACCAGAACAGCCCCGGCCCGGCGCCCGUUCCCGCGGCCCCGCCCCGAGGAGCCGAUCAAGCCGUACUCGCUGAGCGAGCGCCACUUCCUGCGCGAGGAGCCCGAGCCCCCCUGGCCCUUUAACCUGGGCCGGGGGUCCCCGGUGCGGGGCAGCCUCCGCCCCUUCCUGGUGCGCCGGGAAACCCCCCCGGGGACCCCCCCGGGAACCCCCCCGGGAACAGAGACCCCCCCGGAGCCGCCCCCGCGCCGAGCCAGCUCCCUGGGGCGCGUCGGCCGCUGACCCCCCCAAAAUCCAACCACUGACCCCCAAUUCUGGCCACUGACCCCCAAAAUCCAACCACUGACCCCCAAUUGUGGCCACUGACCCCCAACUGUGGCCACUGAACCCCCCAAUUCUGGCCAGUGACCCCCAACUGUGGCCACUGACCCCCCCCCAGCUCCAUGGACUCAACUGGAACCAGUUCCCACCCCAUAACCCAACUGGGAAUGGAUUCCUGCCCCACUCGGACCAGUUCCCACCCCAUAACCCAACUGGGAACCAGUUCCUGCCAUACUGGGACCCAGUUUCUGCCCCAUAACCCAACUGGGAACCAGUUCCCACCCCACAGCCUUACUGGGAACCAGUUUCCACCCAACUGGGACCAGUUCCUGCCCCAUAACCCCACUGGGACCAGUUCUUAUCCCACUGGAAGCCUCACUGGAAACCAGUUCCCACCCCAUAACCCAACUGGGAACCAGUUCCUGCUAUACUGGGACCAGUUCCCACCCUGUAACCCCGCUGGGAAUGGAUUCCUGCCCCACUGGAACCAGUUUCCACCCCAUAACCCAACUGGGAACCAGUUUCCACCCAACUGGGACCAGUUCCUGCCCCAUAACCCAACUGGGAACCAGUUCCUGCCCUACUGGGAACCUGUUCCCACCCCAUAACCCAACUGGGAACCCAUUCCUGCUAUACUGGGAACCAGUUCCCACCUUACUGGGACCAGUUCCCGCCCACUGGGCCCCUCCUCCCUGCCCCGUGGGUGCCCCUCCCCCCGCCCGGCCCCGGGGGGUGCCUUCCCCUCCCGCCCCCCGCUCGUUUUUUUGGGGACAUUUCAAUAAAAUCGGCGAUUUUGGCUCCUU